AAAAAAUUGGCACACGGCGCUUCAAAGAGUAAAUUCAUUUGCAUCGUCAUCCUCUCGCUGUCUCUCAGUUUAUCGGUCUGUUGUGUAUACAUCGCAUCAUUUCGUUGUGGUAAAUUCAAUUGAAAUGGAAAUGGAAGUAGGUGGCGAGCCCAUGGUGAGAGUUCAAGCCAUCGCCGAAUCCAAACUUUCACGGGUCCCACCUCAAUACAUCCAACCUCCACACAACCGCCCUCACCACCACUCGUCCACCGCCGCCGCCGCCACAACCAUCCCCACCAUCGACCUAUUCGAAUUCAACCCGACCCACCUCCCCUCAAUCCGCUCCACAAUCGCUCAAGCCUGCACAGACUACGGAGCCUUCCACGUCACCAACCACGGCGUCCCCACCAAGCUCCUCCGCCAAAUCAAGACCACGGGCCUCACUUUCUUCAACCACAGCUCCAUAAACGACAAGCUCACCUACUCCUGCGACCCUCACUCCUUCGCUUCCCAAGGCUACGGCUCCCGAAUGCUCCUCAGCGAUGAAAACGACACCGUCGUUUUGGACUGGCGAGACUACUUCGACCACCACACUCUCCCUCUCUCUCGUCGAGACCCAUCUCGCUGGCCCCACUUCCCUGAAAACUACAGAGAAACCGUGGCGAGCUACAGCGAUGAAAUGAAGGGUUUGGCUCAGAAGCUCAUGGGUUUGAUCUCUGAGAGCCUUGGGCUUAGAGGGUCGUACAUAGAAGAAGCUGUGGGUGAGUUGUACCAGAAUAUUACUAUCAGCUAUUACCCACCGUGUCCUCAGCCAGACCUCACUUUGGGUCUGCAACCUCAUUCCGAUAUGGGUGCCAUCACGCUUCUCAUCCAAGACGACGUCGGAGGACUUGAAGUUCUCAAGGAUGAUCAAUGGAUCACCGUUGAUCCUUUGUCUGACGCCAUUCUUGUCAUCUUGGCCGAUCAAACCGAGAUUAUAACCAAUGGGAAGUAUAGGAGUGCUGUACAUAGGGCUGUAACUAAUGCCACUCAAGCGCGACUCUCAGUUGCCACAUUUCAUGAUCCUGCCAAGGCAGUGAAAAUAUCCCCUUCUUCUGAGCUUGUCAAUGGGGCUUCUCCCCGGUACCAUGAAGUUGUUUAUGGAGAUUACGUGUCAUCAUGGUACACAAAAGGUCCAGAUGGAAAACGAAAUAUUGAUUCGCUCCUGCUUAACUGAGAGAUUGGAAAUUACCCCUCUUCUAUGUUUUCUCUGCUAUCUGCCUUGACCUUGUAGUCUUAUGAUAGUAGUGGUUUUCAUUCUUUUGGUUAGAUGGAACCAUAAAAACAUCCAUCAGUAUCUAUGAUAUUCCUUCUUUUCGGUAAUUCACAAUUUUAAAUUUUUCCUCAAAGAUAAUUAUGUGCAAGGGUUUUAUUCUUUUUC